UUGUGCUGUCACUCCGGUACGAGAGGUGGCGCUGCUGAAGGAAGUUAUGCUCUUCAGCACUUUCCGGUCUAACACGGAAGUAGAGUGGGGUCUGCGGCUCGAAGAGUGCGGACGGAUUUGGGAUUCCGUGAAGGUGUCUCUCGUCAGGAUGUUCCAGGGUAUUGCAGCCAGUACGGGAGCACAAGGCAACAAGCCGGAACUUUAUGAGGAGGUGAAGCUGUACAAAAAUGCCCGAGAGCGAGAGAAAUAUGACAACAUGGCGGAACUGUUUGCUGUUGUAAAGACUCUUCAGGCUUUGGAGAAAACCUACAUCAAGGACUGUGUCACUCCAACUGAAUACACAGCUGCCUGCUCCCGCCUACUGGUUCAGUACAAAGCGGCGUUCAGACAAGUGCAGGGAACGGACGUCACCUCCAUCGAUGAGUUCUGCAGGCGUUACAGGCUGGACUGUCCGCUGGCCAUGGAGAGGAUUAAGGAAGACCGUCCCAUUACCAUCAAGGAUGACAAAGGAAACCUGAAUCGCUGCAUUGCUGACAUUGUUUCGCUCUUCAUCACGGUGAUGGACAAGCUGCGUCUGGAGAUCAGAGCCAUGGAUGAGAUCCAACCUGACCUGCGAGAGCUGAUGGAGACCAUGAAUCGGAUGAGUAACCUGCCACCAGAUUUUGAAGGAAAGGAGAAAGUUGACCAGUGGCUUCAGAAGCUCAGUGCCAUGUUGGCUUCUGAUGAAUUGGAUGACGUGCAGGUUCGUCAGAUGCUGUUUGAUCUCGAAUCUGCCUACAACUCGUUCAACAGGUUCCUCCACGCGUCCUGAAGCAUCUGGUUAUGCAGAGAUUUUUGUGCCCACCAAUGGGGACUGGUAUUGGUUCACUGAAAUAGGUUCCUUCUGCUUUCUCUGUACUUCCUACUGUCACUGUGUAUGUCUGGUCUGUCCCCGGGUUCAUUGGAUCCUCCUUUCUCGAGUUUUUGUUUGAGACACCAUUUUCUUUAAAUAAACCGGUUUAAGAAAAACAAUGAUCCUGGUGUUGUGCUACAGUUGACUCAUCCAACGACCAUAACUCAGGCUGACUGCCUGUUACCAUAAGACAUGGGAGCAGAAUUUAGCCAUUUGGCCCAUUGAGUCUGCUCUGCCAUUCUAUCAUGGCUGAUUUAUUAUCCCUUUCAACUCCAUUCUCCUCCCUUCUCCCAAUAACCUUUGAUAUCCUGACUAAUCAAGAACCUAACAGCCUUCCCUUUAAAUAUACCCAGUGAUUUAAUCUCCACAGCUGCCUGUGGCAAUGCAUUCCACGGAUUCACCAUCCUUUGGCUAAAGAAAUUAAUUCUCGUCUCUUCUAAAUGGAUUUCCCUCCAGUCUGAGGCUGUGCUCUUUGGUCCUGUACUCCACCAUUCUCUCUGCAUCCAUUCUUUAGACUCUCAAUAUCCAGUGUGUAAAUCAGGUUAAUUAAACCCAAAGACGUAAUGUUAGAAAGCUCUACCUGUGGAGGGGUGAAAAUGAAGUUUACUGAAUUUAACAAAAAGAAUUUGGGGAAACUAUGUAAGAACAAGGUGUGGUUGACGCAGGUGCGGGAAAGAAAGAGAAAUGCAGCAAACUUAGAAACAAAAGAUAUAAACCAUUAGAAGUGGAAUUAGUAGUGGGUAUCUCUACCCUACUUGAAAACCUCAGGGUGAAACCCCUGGAGGAGAGACGAUAGCAAUAAAAGAUCCAUUGAAGCUCCGACAAUAACAAGCAGCAGCUGUAAUGAGACAAUAUCGGCAGAGACGAAUAUCCAUGAUCUCUACCAGGUAACCGGAAUUAGUUCUGUUAAAUCACACCAAGGGAUUUUGUUUUUGUAUAAGUUUGUGAAUCAACUUUCUGCGGAUGAUCAACUAUUUCAUUCAACGAAACAAACAAGAUUGCGAGCCACCCAAGAUCAAAGAACCAGCUUGGGAACGAAAUGUUUAAUAACGACGGUAGAAUGUAUAAGAUUAUUUUCAUUCAAAGGAUCUGAAUUUGAUUUUCUGCAAGAACUGAUUAUUUUUGCAAAGGCUUUGAUAAAUUACUGACUAAGAUUUACUUUAAAAGUUGCGAUGUUGGAGAAUUGUCUUGAAAAGAGUUAAGCUAUAAUAUAAACUUUGAAACUGAAUUUGUAGACAUACUGACUGGAAUUGAAAUUAACCAUAAUACUUAAAAAUAGGAAUUCAAUUAGUUUUCCAAUUAAUAAGGAUAAAUUGAAAGCAAAGUUUAGUCUGUAAUCUUUCUAAUAGGGAGUAACAUUAGAUAUAAUUAGAGGAAUUGGAGCAAUAAAAGUUAUUCUAAUGAAUAUUGCUGAUUUUAACUAAAUAGAAAUUUGUUUUUUGUUGAUAUGAGAUUUGGAACCAAAACAGGAUGUUGGAAUUUUGAAUUGUCCUUACACAUGUAAAUAUUUUGUAUAUCUUGCUAUUUUUAAAAUAAAAACUUACCUCCUGAUGUGAUGUGUGUUUUCUAUUCAC